AUUUUUCUUGCCCUCAACAUGCUAAUUAACAUCUACCUCGUUGACGUGCAGGUUGCCUAUCUUGAUUCUGAACAACAUAUAAUUGUAGGCAGUCUUAUCACACCAUUUAUCACCCAUGCUACGAAGGUUGCAAUCAUUGUUGGGCACCACAUUAUCAUACCGGAAUAUCUGGCUGAUUAUGCUAUCAUUUUUGAGGGUUAACCUACCAUUAACGCCAAAGCCGCUGCUGCGUAGAGGUUGCCGACUGCAUGUAACGCCUUCCUGAAAUUGCUUAAUAUCGGAUUCCGUAGAGAUGAGGGAGCUUCCAGGCUUAGAAUUAAUAAGUUGAAUUCCUCACUU